AUGAAUUAAAGAUAAUAUGAAAUAACUCGUAUUCCUAGCAAUCUGAAAGCUUUUUCUAACUUUACAAAUUGGAUUUGUGUUGGAUAGUUAAUAGAAGAGGCAAUGCUUGUAGGAUUAAUAGAGUAUCAUAUUAAAGUCAACUAAGUUUAGAUAAUCUAAUCAUAAUUACUUUGGUCUAAUUAAUAAAAUUAGGCAAUGUAAAAAAUUAAUACAUUACUCAAUAAUUCUAAAAACAAACCUAAUAGAUUUAAAUCAUUUAUAGAAGAAGUCAAAAUAUAAGACCCUAAAGGUUAAUGUUUUAAGGAUGUCAUUAAAUCAUAUUUCAGAUAUAAUUUCAAAACAUGCCCUUCAGAUUAGUUUAAGUUUUUAAGCGACACUUUUAAGGUCUAGUUUAUUGUAAUUGAACAACCAAAUUCGAAUUCAUAAUAAUUAUAUGGUAUUGAAACUUAUGGAGGAAUUAAUAAAAUCAUUUUAUACAAAUAUCAAGAAAAAUACUACCUUAUCUUGACACAAAUUGAAAAAAAAUGCCAUUUAUGCAAAAAUAAAAUCAAUUUAAUUGAUUUAAAAUGUUAACAUUAAAUGUGUUAUAAUUGUAUUUAGAAACAAUUUGAGCAAUCAAAAUCAGUAUAAUAUAUUACAUGUAAUCUCCUUGGAUGUACAGAAUACAUAUACAAAUCAUUCUAUUCGAAUCUCUAAAAAGAAUAUCAAAACAAUAAUUGCAGUAAGAAUACUAUUUAAGGAUAAAAAGAGAUCUAAAGCAAAAGUUAUUUGAUAGACAUGAAAACUAAAUAACAAAAUUAGGAUGCUAUAUAGAAAUGUGCUCAUUGUAAAAAAGGUUUUGAAUAGAAUUAAGUUAUAUAAACUCCAUGUUAACAUUAUUAUUGCAAAGAAUGCGCUUUAAAAUAGUGUGAAUUUCGAAAUUAAUUUAUCUGUUUAUAAUGUGGAUAUUAUAUUUAAGUAGAUUAUGUAAAAUUGGCGUUAUAUAAACCUAAUAAAAAUCAAGAUUAGUAAUGCUGUAAAUGCAAAGAAUUGAUUAAUGAAAGCCUUUUAUUUCAAAAUUAAUGUUUUCAUUACAUUUGUGCCUCUUGUCUAGAAGAUUUGGCUUCAAAAUAAACUUAUUUGAGAUGUCCUAAUCUUAAGUGUGGUAAGGGCAUUAUUAUUAAUGAUGCAGAUCUUUACUUAGAUAGAAUAUUAACUUUGAAAAUUCAAUAAACAACUAAUUUGAAUGAUUAACAGUAAGAUUAUAUAGAGAGAGAAGAAUAAGUUGCAAUACCAGAACUGUUAAAUUAAGGCAAUAAUUAAGAAUUACCUUCAGAACCAUAAUAAGAAUUUUCAAACAAAUUAUUUAAAGUGAAGUAUUUUGAAUAGAGAUAAAUUAUGAAUUUAGAAGAACGUUAAUGUGCUAUAUGUGGUUUGAAUUUUCUAGAUUUUGAAAAAUAGGCUUAACUUUAGUGUUUGCAUGUUUUUCAUAUAAAGUGUUUCGAGGAUCAACAAAAAGAGAGCGCUGAUUGUGUUCUUUGUCAAAAUGUAUAUUGA